AUGGGAAAGAAGAAGAAAAAGGAGGAAUUAAAAUUUAUUACUGCAGAAUUUAAAGUCUCAAUGUACUGUAAUGCAUGUGAAAGAACCGUUGCUAAAGCCAUCUCCAAGUGUAAAGGGGUGGAGAAAUUUACGACAGACAUGAAGAAGCAUAAGGUUGUGGUAAUGGGUCGGUUUGAUCCUCAAAAAGUUGUGAAGAAACUGAAAAAGAAAACCGGGAAGAAGGUAGAGAUUGUAGAGAACAAGGAAAAGACACCGACUGCAUCCAAUGGACAGGAUUUGGUUCCAGAACAAGUUGUUUCAGACCCACCAAUGUUUGAUUAUUGCAAAGAGACCCAAGUACUGCUUAUGAUGUUUAGCGAUGAGAACCCAAAUGCGUGUUCCAUUAUGUAG